UGCCAUUCGCAUGAGAGAGCCUUGGGGCCUUGAUGCGGUUGUAUAAGAGUGCGAUAGCUUUUGGACUCUGUUACUCCUUGACCUUUUAGAUUAAGCACUGUCUGCAGGUAAUCAAACAAGCCGAAGCCUGAUCAAUCACCAGGAUGGCGUCCUCUCUCCGAAGCGUCCUCCGCUUCCUCCUAACAACCCUUCUACUCCUCGGCUCAACCAAUGCCGCUACAUUCUCCAACCCGCUCAAGGAUCCUAACGGUAGCGACCCAUACAUGGUGUACGUGGAUGGGUACUACUACCUAACAACGACAACCUGGACUGACGUCCAGAUCACCCGGGCCACAACCCUAGAAGGUCUGAAGACCGGCGAAGUACAAGUUGUAUGGAGCGAUUCCGAUGCCAGCCGAUGCUGCAGUGUGUGGGCUCCGGAGUUCCACCUUAUUGAUGGAGUCUGGUACCUAUACUACACUGCCGGUAGUUCCGAUACACUCGACAACCAGCGUGUUCAUGUCCUCGAGGGCGGUGCUUCCCCUUGGGACACAUACAGCUAUCUGGGCCAGGUAACCCCAGAAUGGGGCAUCGACGGCACCGUGCUAACAGUCGACUCCCAAAACUAUUUCAUCUGGUCCUGCAUGUCAGAAGACAUCCAAUGUAACUGCAUCGCAACCCUCGACACCCCCUCCACGAUCGGCGAGACUCAUGUCCUUUCCCGGCCAGUCGAGGACUGGGAAACCGUCGAAGUGCCGGUAAACGAGGGCGCUGCGCCGCUCUACCACGACGGCAAUAUAUGGGUAGCGUACUCGGCGUCGUACUGCUGGACAGCGAAUUACUCACUUGCGCUCCUUGCGUAUGACGGCUCUGGCGAUCCUUUGGAUAGUGCUUCUUGGACAAAGUCGGAUGGUCCUGUCUUUGUUUCUGCAGAUGGGAACUAUGGGACUGGACAUAAUGGAUUCUUCACCAGCCCCGAUGGAUCGGAGGUAUGGAAUGUCUACCACGCAACGGCCAUUGCCGAAGGGGCUUGCGAUGGGAAUCGAUACACGGCCGUCCAGGCAGUGAACUGGAACGAGGAUGGGUCCCCGAAUUUGGGCGUUGCGGUUGCUCUAGGUACAGAGUUGGAUGGUCCAUCCUGGGAGUAAGCUGGGCCAAUUGUUAUCCAGGCCUUGUUUGGUUCAGACCAAGCGAGCAUAUAGUAGUUUCAGUAAUAGCGCUAUUCCAAUCGCUGCACAUAACUUUCACAAUGGAAUUCUCAUUCAUGGCCACUUAAAAAGCCCAAUAAAGUACAGGGUAGACUACGAUGGUUAGGUUCCAAACUAAUGCAG